CAACCGACAGAAGACGUAACCCCAAAGAACUGCAGCAGUAGGAACAGACUUCUCUCUCUCUCUCUUUCUCUCACCAUGCUCUCCACGCGGAUCCAGUGCGCUCUGGCUCUCCUGGCCGUCGCGCUCGCCGUCUGCAGCGUCUCAGGCGCGCCGUCCGAUGCCAAACUGCGCCAGUUUCUUCAGAGGUCGAUUCUUGCGCCGUCCGGGAAACAGGAGCUCACCAGGUACACGCUCGCAGAGCUGCUCGCGGAGCUCGCACAAGCCGAAAACGAGGUGCUGGACUCGGAUGAAGGGUCUCGUGCCGCGGAGAGCGAGGGCGCGCGCCUGGAGAUGGAGCGCGCCGCCGGUCCCAUGCUGGCUCCCCGCGAGCGCAAAGCCGGCUGCAAGAAUUUCUUCUGGAAAACUUUCACGUCGUGUUAAUCGUUUUGUCGAGAUAAAAUCCUCAAAGUCUAUAAAUAUAGCUCUCUCUAUAUAUACAUAUUUCCCCCCAUAUAUAUCUAUUUUUUUGUUUUAUUUCUUUGGGGUUCUCUCGCACACCGUCAUGUCGAUUUAAAAUGUACAUAAGAAGAAAAUGAAAUAAUAAUAAUAAAAAAUAAAACCUGUUCCAUUUAUGACCUGUUAUCAAUUUAGGGUUUUAUCAGGAAAUGUUUUAUGGAUGUAUGGCAAUUCUGAUAGAGAUCUGUGCUUUAGAUGGAAGACAAAUAUUUUUAAUUGUUUAAAUAAAAUCUAUGUUUCACAGUCAA